AUGUCGUCUUCGGCCGCGCCAACAGGGCCUGUCCAAUCAGCAGCGAACGCAGGUUCCGCGGCCGUUUCGACGAACAAGAAGAAUCAUCGAAAUAGAAAAAAGAAGGGGAACAAGGGCAACGCCAACACGAACGCCACUCCACCAGAUUCGCAGCAGAACCCCCCUGCACCCGAGCCGAGUACAGAUAUCCGCGAGGAGAGCGAUGGCGUGGAGAGUGCAGCGGGCAAGGAAGUGUUAGAAGAGCUAGAGAGUCACGGUUUGAAUACACAGGACUCGCUGCCAGAGUCGGGCUCUGCGCCAGACAGCUCGGAGCCACAACAAAAUCCCCAGGAGGAGAACAAAGAAACGACGACACCGCCUGCACCAGCUGCACCACCUACAGCAACCGAGACGAAACCCGAGGACGACUCGAAGCGCGCGGCAAACGGCCAUGCCGGCGCCAACGGACACACACCAUCCGGGACAAUACCAGGGGCGGGAAGCACCAAGUUAGAAGAAACCAUGUCACAAGACGACGAUGCGCUGCGGCUCGAGGUCGAGCAACUACGAAAACAGCUCCAGCGGAUCCAAGAAUCGCAUACCGAAGAGGUCGCCCAACUCCGGACCGAGGUCGAAGAAGCGGAAACCGCCAAGGAACAGGCCGAAGAGCAGUACCAGAACCUGCUGGGGCGAGUCGAGAAAAUCCGCGAGACACUCGGCGACCGAUUAAAACGGGACAAGGCCGAGUUGGAAGAAACCAAGGACCGGCUCGAGGAACUGGAAGCCCAAAAUGACGAGCUCCAAACGACCGUCACCGCCCGCGAGGAGGAAGUCGAACGCCUGCGGGGCGAGGUCCAGGAACAAGGGCGCGAACUCGCCAGCCUGCGCAGCCGAAGCAACUUGUCCCAACAGAACUGGCUCAAGGAAAAGGACGAUGUAUCCCGGCAAAUGCAGCACCUCAAAAGCGAGCUCGAAUCGACCACAGCCGCCAUGGGCGAGUGGGAAGUGAUCGCCAUGGAGGAACGCUCACUGCGCGAGAGUUUGUCGGAUAAAGUAUCCGACCUCGAGGAGCAGGUCACCACGUCGCGCGAGGCGUUCGAGCGCGCCGACUCCGACCGCGAAGCCCAAUCACAAGCCGUCGACCGGCUACAAAGGGCGCUGCAGGAGCUGCAGGACACGCGCAAGCGGGAAUUGCGCGAGAUGGUCGAGUCGACGGAGGAGCAGGUGCAGGCGCUUAAGAAGCGUGCGCAAGAGGCUGAUGGGCGGGCGGGCGAGGCCGAGUCGGCAAGGGAGAAGCUGUCGAAGGAGCUGGAGCGGACGGUGCCGUUUGAGAAGGAGGUCAAGGAGAAGAACUUGCUGAUUGGGAAGCUCCGGCAUGAGGCGAUUGUGUUGAAUGAUCAUUUGACGAAGGCGUUGAAAUAUAUCAAGAAGACGAAGCCGGAAGAGACGAUAGACAAACAACUAGUAACAAACCACUUCCUCCAAUUCCUCACCCUCGACCGCUCCGACCCCAAAAAAUUCCAAAUCCUCCAAGUCAUGGCCAACCUCCUCAGUUGGACCGACGAGCAACGCGAAAAAGCCGGUCUCGCCCGUCCCGGCGGAGCCGGUCCCCUCGGCUCAUCCAUCACGGGCGGCUCCGGAAACACCCUCCGCCUUCCCAGCUCUCCCUUCCACCGAACCCCCAGUUCACCGGCGCUCAGCACUGAAUUUUUUGAAGCGGGCGGGGGCGCGGGGAGUAUGGGAGGGAAUGGGGCUGUUGGACACCCGAGGGAGUCGUUGGCGGAUUUGUGGGCGAGUUUUUUGGAGCAGAGUGUUGAUGAGGCUGCGGGUGGUGGGGGGAAUGGGGGUGGGAAUGGAGGGAGGAAGGGGAGUACGGCAAGUGUGAGUACCGCUGGGGGAGGGAGGCCGGAUACACGGGGGCAUACGUAG